AAAAAUGAUGGAGACCGCCUACCAAUCAUCUUUCAGCGAAGAAGGAAAUUUUGUAACUUAAUCCCCUGGGCCCCAACUUGGAGGGGAACCCUGGGAAUUAAGCCAAUUUUGAAUGGUUAAGUUGCACAAAGCCCUUUUAUGUGUAUAGAUUUUGGUAGAAGUCAGAGAGGGGUUUGUGCUAAAUAGUAGAAGCGCUGAAAUAAGGCAAGCAAUAUAAGUAAAUUCAGUCAGGCAAGUAUCGAGUUUAAUUCUUGAAUUCAUUUUCCAUUCAAGGAGAAGUUACAAUGGCUGGAACCCGUAAUAGGAGAUUAAGACGCAAGCUCAAGACUCUACGGAGGAUGGAAGCCAAAGCAGCUACUACCAAGUUGGAGAUGAGCCAUGCUAGAGAGGAAAUGGCACAAAUGGUUGCUUCAAUGGAAGAUUUAAAGCUCGAGCUUGACCUGAUGAAGGCAUCACGCCACCAAUAAUUUGAUGACAUGCUUCUUGACUCAGAAGCAGUGGACAAUCUUAUCCAGAUUAUACUUCAGCUUUAAUUAGCUGAAGAUACAAAAAGACCAGUUAUAUAUUUUCCUUUGAUGUUGUGGCACAAGUCCACGGUUUGGUUUGAUUUUCUGAAUAAAAGUAGUCUCUUUAU